CGCUGGUGAAGAGGGCUCGGGAACGCGCCUGCGCGUGUGCGCGCGCCUGGGCCGCUUCCCGGGGUGAGUGGGAGGGUUCGCGCAGGCGCACAACGUCCGGGGACAGAAUACAACAUACAAAUUAAUAUGUCCCCUGAAAUCGCCUUGAAUAGAAUUUCUCCAUCACUAUCUCCUUUGAUUUCUAGUGUGGUCAAAAAUGGAAAAGUAGGACUGGAUGCAACUAACUCUUUAAGGAUUACAGAUCUGAAAUCUGGCUGUACAUCCUUGACUCUUGGGCCCAGCUGUGAUCGCUUUAAGUUGCAUAUUCCAUAUGCUGGAGAAACACUGAAAUGGGAUAUAAUUUUUAAUGCCCACUAUCCAGAAUUGCCACCUGACUUUAUCUUUGGAGAAGAUGCAGAAUUUCUUCCUGAUCCAUCAGCCUUGCAUAACUUAGCUUCUUGGAAUCCUUCAGAUCCCGAAUGCCUCCUGCUUGUUGUAAAAGAGCUUGUGCAACAGUAUCACCAGUUUCAGUGCAGCAGACUACGCGAGAGCUCUCGUCUAAUGUUUGAAUAUCAAACAUUACUUGAGGAACCGCAAUAUGGAGAGAACAUGGAAAUUUAUGCAGGGAAGAAGAACAACUGGACAGGUGAAUUCUCAGCUCGUUUUCUUCUGAAAUUGCCAGUGGACUUCAGCAAUAUCCCUACAUACCUUCUCAAGGAUGCAAAUGAAGACCCUGGAGAAGAUGUUGCUCUUCUGUCAGUCAGUUUUGAGGAUACAGAAGCUACACAAGUUUUUCCCAAGUUGUAUUUGUCACCACGAAUUGAACAUGCUCUUGGAGGAUCUUCUGCCCUUCAUAUACCUGCUUUUCCAGGUGGUGGCUGCCUCAUUGAUUAUGUGCCCCAAGUAUGCCAGCUGUUAACCAACAAGGUACAGUAUGUUAUUCAGGGUUACCACAAAAGAAGAGAAUAUAUUGCAGCCUUUCUCAGUCAUUUUGGAACCGGUGUGGUAGAAUAUGAUGCCGAAGGUUUUACAAAACUCACCUUGUUGCUGAUGUGGAAAGAUUUUUGCUUCCUUGUUCACAUUGACCUCCCACUGUACUUUCCUCGGGACCAGCCAACUUUAACAUUUCAAUCUGUCUAUCACUUCACUAAUAGCGGAGAGCUGUAUUCACAGGCUCAGAAAAGCUAUCCUUAUAGUCCACGAUGGGAUGGCAAUGAGAUGGCUAAAAGAGCAAAGGCUUAUUUCAAAACAUUUGUCCCCCAGUUCCAGGAGGCAGCCUUUGCCAACGGAAAACUCUGAAGGGAAACAAAGGGCAACCUUAUCCUGAGAUGAUGCCAAACAGAUUCUUACAUCCACAUACUUGUCAACAGACUGCAAAAUGACUUCCUGAAAGCACUUGGCUUUCAGUCUCUGUUGGUGUUUUGUUUUUUCUGUUUUAUGCGUGUGGUUAUUUGAAAAGGGACAUUUGAUAGCAUUUUGGGGAGGGGGUGCCUCUGGAGCAUCUUUUGUUCACCAUCUAGUGAAUUUGCUCUGUGCACAUGGCAAGGAGCUUGGUUGGCUUCAUACAUUUUAAUUUGUGGAAUUUUGCUAUUAUGUAAACAUGUUUCCUAUGUUCAGGCUUGAUUGAAAUUAAAAAACAAACAGAAGAAAAGUAUAAAUUUGGAUUUUUUUCCUGUAGUUCUUUAUUUGUACAGUUCUUUUUUGUACCAAUGUCUAUUAUACUUCUGUGAUUUCUUUUGUUUGCUGUUUAAAAACACCCAUAAAAACAAUUAGUCGAUUGAACAAAA